GUAGCUGUCCUGCUGAACUCCUCUUUCCUUCCACAGAGGAACAUGAGCUUAGGUGCAGGAGAAAUACCUAUUUAGAUGUCCACUUAGUAGAUAUGAAGCAGAAGAUUUUCAUUUCUCUCCAUCCCUUCUGCCAAGACGUUAGUCCGUGUGCUGGUACCUGAAUCAUUUGGACAAUGAUGAAUUUCAGAAAGCCAUCCAGGAACUCCAGUUAACAAAGAGUAUCUGGACUAUUGACCUGGCCUACCUAAUGCGGCACUUCGGUGUUAAGCAUAAAUUUUGCACCCAGACGCUUGGAGUGGACAAGGGCUACAAAAAUCAGUCAUUUUACAGGAAGCACUUUGACACAGAAGAGAAUCGAGUGAAUCAGCUCUUUGCACAAGCCAAAGCCUGCAAGGUGCUGGUGGAGAAGUGCACAGUAACUGUUCAAGACAUCCAAAACCACCUGUCCCAAGGUCAUGUAGCCAUCGUCCUAGUGAAUGCAGUCCUGCUAUUGUGUGAUCUUUGCUCAAGUCCUGUCAAAUACUGCUGCUUCCUCCCCAUUGGACAGAAGUGCUUCUGCAGGAAUCCUGACUACCAGGGCCAUUUCAUUGUGUUAUGUGGCUACAACAAAGCCUCAGGGAGUAUUUACUACAACAACCCUGCCUAUGCUGACCGAACAUGCUGCACCAGCAUCAGUAACUUUGAGGAAGCCAGGACAAGUUAUGGCACUGAUGAAGAUAUUCUGUUCAUCUACACAGACAGCUGACAUCCACACCUGAUACUUCUGGUCAUUUCCUGUGCAGCCUGCAUGGCAGCUGGCUGCUUGUCUCAGGACUCCCCCUGCAGCGACCUUGCUCCUGAACUGCAGUGGGAUCUUAAACAAGGGAGGCUUUAUAGACAUUGAUAGGACUAUAUUGCAAUGCUGUCUUUACCUUUUUUUUUCCCCCUGAUAAUGUAUCUGAUUUUGCAAUGUAUGUCUCAGUUUUUUGGUUUUUUUUUUCCUCAUCUUCAACAUUGCACAUUUGACAGCAGUUUUAAAAUACAGGCCUAGAGCCUGUUCACUUUGAGCUUAUUUUCAAAUUAAACACAUGAGAAAAAAGCACCAAAUUUAUGAACUUGAAAACUUGGUAAUACAUGCAUAGGUUUAGGUAAACAAACCCAGGAAAAUAAAAUAGAAAAUACCUGUUUCUCUCUCUGUCAAAGCAUCAAGGGCUGAUCUUCAUCCUAAAUCUAGGGAUUUGAGGUUCAGCAGGGUAUUAUGGAAGGAAAAAAAUAUUAACUUAAACCACUUUUAAAUAACAAAAAAUGCCUUGCUGGCCUAUCAGUAUUGUCUGCAUUAUAGGAAUGAAACACAUUUACUCAAGGAAAAGUUCCCAUGUACCAAAUUCACCUUACACAGAUUUAGCAUUUAUGCUACUGCAUUAAAUUUUGAAUCGUAGUUAUUGGUGUUGCUCCCUUGUACUACAAACUCAGUCUCUUGUGGCUAAAUCCUCUAGGAUGACUGCUCAGAGCGCCGUAUUGCCCCAAAAGUUUAAGCAAAGAUAUUUUAUUUGUACCUGGAAGUCUUUACUGCUCUUUGCAAAAACCUCUGAACAUGAUGCCACCCACAUAUGCCAGUUUCUGCAGAAUCCGUUCUAAAUAUAAACUUUAAACUUAUUAAGCAAAUACAGAAAAUGACCAUCCACACUAAUGGUAUACAUUUUGUGUGUAAAUUGUAAAUAUCUGACAGCGUAUACUGGAUUGUAACUAAAAGGCUGAAUGAUAAUUUGAGCCAAAUUUUGCUAUUGGUAUUCGUUCAGUAACCUUCUUAGAAGACCUGAAAUCAAUUAAGAAAAGAGAGGAUACAAACAUCUCUUUGCUACAAGUAAAAAGGCAGGAACUCAGAUUUUCUAGCUCUUAUACUGCAGCUGUAUUUGGAUUAAGUUGGAGUUACUGUAUUCAAACAUUAUCAAGUGAAAUUGUUAGCAGCCCAUUCAUAAUCCUUUCACAUAUUACCUGGGUUUAAUUACUUUGCUGAGGAGCACUGUAAGGUGUAAGAAAUAGCACCCUAUUUCAGAUUCAUCCACCACAAUUUCCUACAAGUUUUGAUCUCCAGUCCUGCCUAUGUUGAAGUGGGUAGAAAAAUCAAUGUUAAUACUGAUGUACAGCUAGCAAAAUUUUAUUUUGCACUUAAGACAGAGAUCCCACCCCUUUGGCAUGGUUUUAGGAAAAGAACUGUUCAAGUUCUGGAACUGCGUGGAGUAACAGUAAAAGGACAUUGUUAUUUAGUGGUGAAAAUAAUAAAUAGGAAUCUACUUUCAGCAUGAUAAAAAAUUUUUCUAAGAGAAAACAUUUUCUUUUAUCAGUUGUUGACUUACUGAAGAGUAUCUGGAAAGCGUUCAGUAAGUAUGCUUAGUAGAAUCAAGAGUGGUCCUUUGUACAAAGCUAAAAAUGGUAACAGACAUUUAACAUGCAGUAGCCUUUAAAAAGUUCUGACCAAGAAGUAUGUGACAGGAAAUUUUCAGUGUAUCAGAUUUUGCUAAUCAUUGGUGAAGCUGGAAUACAUUCUGGCACUUAUACUUGCAAAAUGAGUAAAAAUUAGGAUGUGAUUUGUGAGCAGUAGAACCAGUACAUUAGUGCCACCAGCAGAAUCCCCCAAAAAAGGUACAAAACUUAUUAUAGAUAAUGCCUUCCGACUCCUCUGAAGUAAGUCACCAGAAGGCUACUGAUGUGGGAAUUUUUAUGUCUUAAGUCCAAAUUCAUGAUGUUUGAUUUAGAGAGAUUGCAUUAGCUAUGUUACUAAUUAACAGGGUAUGUAAACUACAGGUUGCUAGAGUACUUCCUUAACCCAUGCAUUUUCAGGUAGGUAGUUCAUUCAGUACCAUUAAACUGCCAGAGGAUUUAUUUUAGAGCAGGCUUGGUUAGCUAAAUAAAAACAAUUCUUACAGAAGGAUUGUAAUUGACGCUUAGCCUCUUACUGGUUCAGUUAUCCAAAUGCAAAUCUUGAGCUUAUACAUAAAACAAACUUAAGGGCAUGCUAAGUGUUCUGAAGUGCACAGAUAGGUAUAACAAUAUUGACUGUUAAAUGUUUGGUACCCAGGGUUUAAAUACUUCAAAAAAACCUGAAAGAUAGAGAAACAAAGCUAUUUAAGCUAAUACAGACAAAAGGAGAGCUCAACCAUUGCAAGAGGAUCUCUUAAUAGCUGCCAAAUGGAAGAUGGCUAUGAGAGAUGAAAACAGAAGGAAGAAGCAAAAGCCAAGUGAAAAGACUGAGUAUUUAUGACACAAAUUCAGAUGAAAAAGCAGCUCAUUGCGCAAGCAUUCAGAACAUCUGCAUUUUCUGAAACUUUGUUUCCCAUUACAAGAUUGUCUAUCAAAAUACUCAUUCUGAAAAUGUUUUGUCACCGUUUCCUUCAUGAUGUCAAUAGCAAAGGAAGGGGUAUUUUACAUGCAGGGAUUUUAUACAUAAAUAUAUUUUUAUUUGUAAUUAAGCCAUUCUCAAUAAAGGUUUAAAGUCACAGAUAACCCUG